CGACACCCCGCCCUGUCCUCUGCUAUCCUCCUCGGCCUGAAGCUUCUUCGGUCUGCUCUCUCCCUCUUUCUGAUCUCUCCUCGUUUGUUCCACGAAGAGAGGGACAGAGCGAUGGCGGAGGAGAGCAAGAGCGGCGGGGGAGGGGCAGCGCUGGUGGCGGCAGCGCCUGCGUCGCCGAAGAUCGUGCUGAAGAGCAUCGACAUGAGCGAGAAGAUGCGGAACGACGCGAUCGACUGCGCCCGCGCCGCGUUCGAGAAGCACCGGUUGGAGAAGGACAUCGCUGAGUACAUCAAGAAGGAAUUCGAUAAGAAGUACGGGGCAACGUGGCAUUGCAUUGUUGGUCGCAACUUUGGAUCAUAUGUAACGCAUGAGACCAACCACUUCCUUUACUUUUAUGUGGAUUCGAAGGCUGUCCUCUUGUUCAAAUCUGGAUGAUUACGUGAGUGCUUCCCUCUAAUCUGAUGCCUGUACUAUACUCCGGAUCUUUGGCUUGUCUAUCUUAUUUAGGAUCGUCUACACGGCAUGUAUAUCUUGGCCCCAUCUGCACUUUCAGCUUAAACUUAGACUCGAAUAUCGUAUUUAUAGUUCAUGAUC